UUUUUAGUAGAGACAGGGUUUCUCCAUGUUGGUCAGGCUCGUCCCGAACUCCCGACCUCAGGUGAUCCACCCGCCUUGGCCUCCCAAAGUGCUGGGAUUACAGGUGUGAAACACGACACCAAGCUAAUCAUUUUUAAAUGUGCAUUCCAAUGUUAAGUAUAUUCAUAUUGUUGUACAACAGAUCUUUAGAACUUUUUCAUCUUGCAAACUAAAUUAUAACUAUUAAGCUACAAUGUCCCAUUUCCCUCUUUCCCCAGCUCCUGGCAGCCACAGUUCUACUUUCUGUUUUUAUGAGUUUGUUUACCUUAGAUACUUUUGUAAGUGGAAUCAUAUAUAAUAGUAUUUGUCUUUUUGUGACUGGCUUCUUUCCAGUCACAAUACCCCAAGAUAGAAAGGGGAUUCACUGCAGUUAGUCAGUAGACACACACAAACCCAAGUAGUAAUGGGUUACAAUAUAAUAAUGAAUUAGUUAAAUGCUUUGAUAAAUUAGCUUGACAUGUUAUUUUUUAUUAUCAUUCAGUUUUUUUAUUUUAUUUUAUUUUAUUUUUGAAAAGGAGUCUCGCUCUGUCACCAGGCUAGAGUGUAAUGGUGCUAUCUCAGCUCACUGCAACCUCUGCCUCCUGGGUUCAAGCGAUUCCCCUGCUUCAGCCUCCCAAGUAGCUGGGACUACAGGCGCGCAUCACCACGCCCAACUAAUUUUUUUUUUUUUUUGGAUUUUAGUAGAGACGGGGUUUCACCAUGUUGGCCAGGAUGGUCUCGAUCUCUUGAUCUCAUAAAAUAUUUUUAACUUCCAUUGUAAUUUAUUCUUUGAGCCACCAGUUAUUUAUAAAUAUAUUGCUUAAAUCCCUGACUUAGCAUAAUGUCCUCAGGGUUCAAACAUGUAGCAUGUGACAGGACUUACUUUUUUGUUGUUGUUUAUUUGUUUUAAUAUGCUUUAUUUUUUAGGGUACUUUUAGGUUCACAGUAAAAUUGAGCAGAAGGUACAGAGAUUUCCCGUAUGCCUCUUUCCCCCACACAUCUGGUCUCCCCCAUCAUCAACAUCCCCCACCAGAGUGGUAAUUUAUUACAACUAAUGAACCCACAUGGACACAUCAUUAUCACUCAGAGUCUAUAGUUUACAUUAGGGUUCACUCCUGGUGUUACGCAUCCAUGGGUUUGGACAAAUGUAUAAUGACAUUUAUCUCCAUUAUGAUGUCAUCCACAUUAAUUCCAUUGCUCUAAAAGGCCUCUGUGCCCUGACUGAUCCUCCCUCCCUGUCAAUUCCUAAUCUUUUUAUUGUCUCCAUAGUUUUACCUUUUCCAGAAUGUUGUAAUCAUACAGUAUGUAGUCUUUUUGAAUUGGCUUCUUUCACUUAGUAAUGUGCAUUUAAGUUUGCUAAGCUGUUGAUCAUGAGACUGAGUCUCUUUUUAUACUUCAUCAGACAUGAGAACGGCCUCAAGGAAGACUAUCUGCAAUACUGGAAGCCAUGGCUGAGGGAUCAGUGAUGUUCAGUGAUGUGUCCAUAGACUUCUCUCAGGAGGAGUGGGACUGCCUGGACCCUGUUCAGAGGGACUUAUACAGAGAUGUGAUGUUGGAGAACUACAGCAAUCUGGUUUCAAUGGGACUUUACACUCCUAAGCCUCAAGUGAUCUCCUUAUUGGAACAAGGGAAAGAGCCCUGGAUGGUUGGCAGAGAGCUUACAAGAGGCCUGUGUUCAGAUCUGGAAUCAAUGUGUGAAACCAAGUUAUUAUCUCUAAAGAAGGAAGUUUAUGAAAUAGAAUUAUGCCAGAGGGAGAUAAUGGGACUUACAAAGCAUGGCCUUGAGUACUCCAGUUUUGGAGAUGUUUUGGAAUAUAGAAGCCACCUUGCAAAACAACUGGGAUAUCCAAAUGGGCAUUUCAGUCAAGAAAUAUUCACUCCUGAAUGCAUGCCCACAUUUAUUCAACAGACAUUCCUUACUCUCCAUCAAAUAAUUAAUAAUGAAGACAGAUCUUAUGAAUGUAAGAAAUGUGGAAAGGCCUUUAGUCAGAACUCACAAUUUAUUCAACAUCAGAGAAUUCAUAUUGGUGAAAAAUCUUAUGAAUGUAAAGAGUGUGGGAAAUUCUUUAGUUGUGGUUCACAUGUUACUCGGCAUCUGAAAAUUCAUACUGGCGAAAAACCCUUUGAAUGUAAGGAAUGUGGAAAGGCCUUCAGUUGUAGCUCAUACCUUUCUCAACAUCAGAGAAUCCAUACCGGUAAGAAACCCUAUGAAUGUAAGGAAUGUGGGAAGGCCUUUAGUUAUUGCUCAAAUCUUAUUGACCAUCAGCGAAUUCACACCGGUGAAAAGCCUUAUGAAUGUAAAGUAUGUGGGAAAGCCUUUACUAAGAGCUCACAACUUUUUCAGCAUGCGCGAAUUCAUACAGGUGAGAAACCCUAUGAAUGUAAGGAAUGUGGCAAAGCCUUUACCCAGAGCUCAAAGCUUGUUCAACAUCAGAGAAUUCAUACUGGUGAGAAACCCUAUGAGUGCAAGGAAUGUGGCAAAGCCUUUAGUAGUGGCUCAGCACUUACUAAUCAUCAGAGAAUUCACACUGGUGAGAAACCCUAUGAUUGUAAGGAAUGUGGAAAGGCUUUUACUCAGAGCUCACAGCUUCGUCAACAUCAGAGAAUUCACGCUGGUGAGAAACCCUUUGAAUGUCUUGAAUGUGGGAAGGCCUUUACCCAGAACUCACAACUUUUCCAGCAUCAGAGAAUUCAUACAGAUGAAAAACCAUAUGAAUGUAAUGAAUGCGGAAAGGCCUUUAAUAAAUGCUCAAACCUUACUCGACAUCUGAGAAUUCACACUGGUGAAAAGCCCUAUAACUGUAAGGAAUGUGGGAAGGCAUUUAGUAGUGGCUCGGAUCUCAUUCGUCAUCAGGGAAUUCAUACUAAUGAAUAAUAAAAAUUAAAGCCCCUGUCACCUUCCUCAUAUUUUAAACCAAAAAUCAUGUCUAAUAGUUACCCUCUUCCACAGUUUUUUUAAAACUUUGUAUUUAAAUUUUGUAUCCAAAUGUAUUUCAUUCCAGGUUAUAAAUUCGGAGUCUAAACUGACAUUCCUUCUCUCCCACAGUCAUAUACCAAUGCCAGCUGUUCUAUAAUUCUUUCGUUCAUUGUUUUGUUCUACUUUCUUGGUGACGCAUUAUACUCUUGUUUAUAUUUGCUUGUGUUUUUAGAGCUAUCUUUUCUGAUCUGUGUAUUUGUGUUUGCACCAGUAUCACAGUUUGAAUUGUGUGACUUUUAAUAUUUUUAAAUUGCUUGUGGAGGUUUAACUUUGUUUUUGAAGUCAGUGUUAAUCUUUUUGUUUUAUUUUAUUAUUAUAUAUAUUUUUUGAGAUGGAGUUUCACUCUGUUGCCCAGGCUGGAGUGCAGUGGCACAAUCUCGGCUCGCUGCAACCUCCACCUCCCGGCUUCAAGCAAUUCUCCUGCCUCAGACUCCUGAGUAGCUGGGAUCACAGGCGUGUGCCACUACACCCUGCUAAUUUUGUAUUUUUAGUAGAGACAGGGUUUCUCCAUGUUGGUCAGGAUAGUCUCGAACUCCUGACCUCAGGUGAUACACCUGCCUCAGCCUCCCAAAAUGCUAGGAUUACAGGCAUGAGCAAUUGCACCUGGAUUUAUUUUUUGUUGAGACGGAGUUUCGCUCUUGUUGCCUAGGCUGGAGUGCAAUGGUGCAAUCUCGGCUUGUCGCAACCUUUGCCUCCCAGUUUCAAGUGAUUCUUCUGCCUCAGCCUCUCGAGUAGUUGGGAUUACAGGCAUGUGCCACAACACCUGGCUAAUUUUUUGUAUUUUUAGUAGAGACGGGGUUUCACUGUGUUAGCCAGGAUGGUCUCGAUCUCCGGAACUCAGGUGAUCCACCCGCCUCGGCCUCUGAAAGUGCUGGGAUUACAGGCGUGAGCCACUACGGCCGGCCUUUUUAUUUUAUAAAUGUACAUUUUUAAUUAAGCCAAAAUCACAAAGCAAAAAAUUACAAACUAAAAAGCCAAAAUUAAUUGUAAUCAUACUUAUAGAUGGCUGCUCUGAAUUUGGUAGAGAAAAUCGUGCUAUACUUUACUUUUUUAAGAAAGCGUAAUUAUGAUAUGCAUGCCGUACCUUUAACUGCUUUUAUCAUGCCAAAGAUUUCAUGAGUGCCAUUUCAGUAAAUACAGAUUUUUAUUAUUUUCAUGACAUAUUUAGUGACUUUAAAAUGACUGUUCCCAUUAUGGUUGCCUCUAAAUUUUGCAGCUACAAAAGCUGACCUCGGCUGGGUGCAGUGGCUCAUGCCUGUAAUCCCAGCACUUUGGGAGGCCGAGGUGGGCGGAUCACAAGGUCUGAAGAUUAAGGCCAUCCUGGCUAACAGUGAAACCCCGUCUCUACUUAGCUGGGCGUGGUGGCAUGUGCCUAUAAUCCCAGCUACUUGGGAGGCUGAGACAGGAGAAUCACUUGAACCUGGGAGGCAGAGGUUGCAGUGAGCUGAGAUGGUGCCACUGCACUCCAGCCUGGGGGACAGAGUGAGAUUCCGUCUCAAAAAAAACAAAAACCGCUGACCUCAUUGGAUGCUUAUUUUUACUUUUAAAACAUUUAAUUGCUAAAAUUAUCCACAUUUUCUCCUUGUGAGCUGUUUUGUUCCUUUACAUCAAUCCUAAUCCCAAUGCCAUACUAGAAAGUAACACUGUUAUGAAAGUGUUAUUUAUCAAUCCAGAUAUUAAUUUUUUUUUUUUUGAGACGGAGUUUCACUCUUGCCCAGGCUGAAGUGCAGUGGCACAAUCUCGGCUCACCACAACUGCUGCCUCCCGGGUUCAAGCGAUUCUCCUGCCUCAGCCUUCCUAGUAUCUGAGACUACAGGCGCACGCCACCAUGCCUGGCUAAUUUUUGUAUUUUUAGUAGAGACAGGGUUUCACUACGUUGGCCAGGCUGGUCUUGAACUCCUGACCUCGUGAUCCACCCGCCUUGGCCUCCCAAAGUUCUGGGAUUACAGGCGUGAGCCACCGUACCCGGUCAGUUAUUUUUUCUUAUAGAUAUUAGUGGUGUUUUUGUUUUUUGAGACAGAGUCUCGCUCUGUUGCCCAGGCUGGAGGGCAGUGGUGCAAUCUCGGCUCACUGCAACCUCUGCCUCCCGAGUUCAAGUGAGUCUUCUGCCUCAGCCUCCCGAGUAGCUGAGUCUUCUGCCUCAGCCUCCCGAGUAGCUGGGACUACAGGUGCGUGCCACCAUGCCCAGCUAAUUUUUGUAUUAUUAGUAGAGAUGAGGUUUCACCAUACUGGCCAGGCUGCUCUUGAACUCCCGACCUCGUGAUCCUCCUGCCUUGGCUUCCCAAAGUGCUGGGAUUACAGGUGUGAGCCACUGCCCCUGGCCGUUAGUGGUAUUUUAAAAAAUUAUGUCUAGGUAUAUAUAAUAAGGCCGUAUGUAUUGGAUUGCUGUGAAGAGUCAAUGAAUUAAUAAAUGUAAAGUACCUCAAACUGUUACCACAUAAUAUAGGUUUAGUAAAAGUGUUCCACUAUUAUCAGUGAUAUACUCAUUAUCAUAAGUAUCUUCAUUAGGAUUUAUGGAAAGGAUUUUAACCAUGUUGUUUACCUUUGGCAAAUUUAUAAUUCAUGGUAGAAAAAGAGAAACACUUGUAAUGAGUAUAACGAAGCCUUUCCCUAUCAUUAUAAUUCAGCGUGGAAUUUUAAAAGGAAGAGAAAAAGUAUGUGUGCAUAGUCUUUGUUCAGACUUCAUCUUUUAUGCUACAUAAAGAAUGCCAGUCUGAGGUAUUCUUUUAUGCUACAUAAAGAAUACCAGUCUGAGGCUAGGACACCUGUAAUCCUAGCACUUUGGGAGGCCAAGGUGGGUGGAUCACUUGAGGUCAAGAGUUCGAGACCAGCCUGGCCAACAUGGUGAAACCCCGUCUAAAAAUACAAAAAAAAAAAAAAAAAAAAAAAUAGCCAGGCGUGGUGUUGCAUGCCUGUAAUCCUAGCUACUCAGGAGGCUGAGGGGGGAGGAUUGCUUGAACCUGGGAGUUGGAGGUUAUAGUGAGCUGAGAUUGCACCACUGCACGUUCCAGACUGGGUGACAGAGCGAGACUCUGUCUUACAAAAUAAAAAAUAAAAGAUUACCAAUCUGAAACCCUGAAAAUAAGAUGAGUAGUAGAAAGCACAGCUGUCAAAAAAGGAAGAGAUUAUAAAAUUUUUUCUAAUAUUUCCCCCUAAAAUGCAGAAAACAUACUGGCAACAUUGUUUGACCAGAAGAAGCAGUACAAUAGGAUAACCAUCAAAUAUCUGAUUUUUUUUUUUUUUUUUUUUUUUGAGACGGAGUCUCGCUCUGUCGCCCAGGCUGGAGUGCAGUGGCGCAAUCUCGGCUCACUGCAAGCUCCGCCUCCUGGGUUUAAGCCAUUCUCCUGCCUCAGCCUCCCGAGUACCUGGGACUACAGGCGCCCACCACCACACCCGGCUAAUUUUUUGUAUUUUUAGUAGAGACGGGGUUUCACUGUGUUGGCCAGGAUGGUCUCGAUCUCCUGACCUCGUGAUCCGCCCGCCUCGGCCUCCCAAAGUGCUGGGAUUACAGGCGUGAGCCACCGCGCCCAGCCCAAAUAUCUGAUUAUUAAUUCAAUAUUCCCUCUUAAUUAACAUGGGUUAAGGAAUAAAUCCCUAAUAUAUACAUUAUUUAAAUGUACAUGAAAAUGAAAACACUUGAAAAACCUGUGAGUGGCAGUAAAAGUUGUAUUGGAAGUUUUAUAACCUAAUAUUCAUGCAUAUAUUGUAAUACUAGGAAGAAAAAAUAUAGAACCCAAGGAACUAAAACAAGCUGAAAUGAAUUGUGGGAGGAAGGAGGUAGUAUUAUUUUAAAAGGCAGAAAUAAUUGAAAGAAAAAAACUGGAUAUAAAUCCAAAAUUUGAUAUUUGAUGGAAGAGAAAAAAAGGAGACAAAGUUUAGUGAUUCCAGAGGUGAAAUAAGGAUGACAAAUAAACAAUAUUGUAUAUGAGAAAUUGAAAUGGCUAUAUAUUUAAACUUAAAAGAACUGAGUCAUUUGGGGUAAUGAAAAUGUGGAAUGGGUAAAGAUUGUACAAUUUUGUUUAUAUACUACAGGUCACUCAACUAUACACUUUAAAAGGGUGAAUAUUAUGCUGUGUGAAUUUGAUCUCAAUUUAAAAACUUAAGGCUGGGUGCAGUGGCUCAUGCCUGUAAUUCCAGCACUUUGGGAGGCUGAGGUAGGAGAAUGGCUUGAGGCCAGGAGUUCAAGACCAGUCUAGGUAACACAGUGAGACCCCCUCCCCUCAUCUCUACAGAAAAAAAAAAAAAAAAAAUUAAAACAAACUUAAAAGUUGGUAUUAUAGACAUUUUUAUAAUAUAUCUGAAAAUCUGGAAAAAGUCUGUGAUUUUUAAUAAGUUGACGACAUCAGAAUUAACUGGAGGUGUAAAAUCUUAAUAGACCUCCCUCCAGAAUAAACGUAUUUAGAAAAAUAAGACUGGCCAGGCACGGUGGCUCACGCCUGUAAUCUCAGCAUUUUGUGAGGCCGAGGCGGGUGGAUCACCUGAGGUCGGGGAUUUGAGACCAGCCUCACCAACAUGGAGAAACCCUGUCUCUACUAAAAAUACAAAAAAUUAGCUGGGCGUGGUGGCUCAUGCCUGUAAUCCCGGCUACUCAGGAGGCUGAGGCAGGAGAAAGGCUUGAACCCGGGAGGCAGAGAUUGCGGUGAGCCGGGAUCAUGCCAUUGCACUCCAGCCUGGGCAACAAGAGUGAAACUCUCUCAAAAAUAAAUAAAUGAAAUAAAAUUUUUCUUAAAAUGUAUUUUAAGUGUCAAAUUGCUACACUAAAAAAGACACCAAGGUAGAGAUUUUUAUGUGAAAUCUAUGAAAUGUCUUAGGAAACUCUUCUAGGAUAUAGACUGAGAUAGCAAAUUAUCUGUUUUUAUGAAUUUGUCAUAAUCCUGAUGUUACAACCUACUAGAAGAACCCAAAACAAUUUGUCCAGAAUCAGUUAUGAAAAUACAGCAUUAUAAAUUAGCAAAUCAAAUCUAGUAACCCAUUGAAAAUAAAUAUUUGUCACAUUCUGAAUUUAGGAAAAAACAAUUAUGAUAAAUCAAACUUUCUACUUUCUGAAACUUGAAAAUCAAAUUGAUUUAGAUAAGAUUGUAUUUCUUAGUGUCUGAACUCAGGAACCAAAUAGAUGUGGAUAGCAUGGGAUUUUUGGAAUAUAAGACAAGAUAAUUCACAUGGGAUUGCAAAAGUUCAAAUAACUAAAGUUCUGUCAAUGAAAAUAUAUGCUCUAACCUCAACAUCUUCUAGAUGAACCCUUUUUUUUAGCAGUAUUUGGCAGGAUGGGAUAUAUUUUAUAAAUAAACUUGGACUGUUAUCCUAUCUG